AUGUCCGUCUGCGAAAGGCCACGGGAGGCGAACAUGGCGUUGAGCUGGUCCAGGGUGAAUCCGGGGAGGGGAAGCUUAUGCCUGACCCCGGCUCUGGUCGAGGUUCGGCCGUCCCGCCGGCCCAACUCGACGGGGAAGAAAGGUCCGCCAGUCUGGGAAAUCACUCAAAGUCAACUGAUAAUGAUCAGGGUAAGCUUAUAUACCAGAUGGAUUACCAGUGACACGACGUCUCUCGCAGCCAGGGCCAGUAUGUCGGCGCAGGAGACCUGGUUUGUGCAGCCGGCGACUGCGUCGACGGCCGCCUUCGCUUUGACCACGGUGUCGAAGCCAUCUCCGGCGAGAGAAAUGUCGUCGGAGCUGUGUCUCUCGUCGUUACCCUUGGAAUCGCUGAUCAUCACCGAAGCGUCGCACCCCUGCCCGUUAACCCAAGAAAUAACCCGUCACUGGAACGAUAAUCCCUGCUGAUCCUACCAGUCACAGUCGAGUGUCGAAGGGACGCACUCGGACGAAGCAGUCGUGGAAGAACAGUCGGAGGGUUCCCGGAGCAGCGAUGAACGUCUGCUGUAGCUUCCGUUCGACGGCGCCGCGCACGAUGUCCUCCACGCCGGGGCAGACACUGCUGUAGUAGUUCUGCCGGAGCUGAGCCGAAGCCAUCGCCAAGAGUGUCAUCUGAAAGGCGGCGAGACGAAGAAGGUUGUGAGUGCUCUCCAUGGCCGCAGAUGA